AUGAAACAUUUCAUCGAAGUUUACAAUUCCUCAACACAUUCUACAACAGGACAUACACCAAAUUCAAUGACACAACAACAAGAAGAAAAGUAUAUACAAAAGAAACGAAGCCAAACACAAAAUAUCAGAAAUUCAACACAAUUUACCCUCAUUCCUGGUACAAAAGUUCGUGUAGUUCUUGACGACAAACCAUUGACAAAGAAACGUUUAAGGUUAAGUCGAAAUUAUUAUAUCGUAGACUCUACGCAAGGUAAUGGAUAUCUUAUAAAAGCUGCUGACGACUCCAUAGCAUUUUACCCUCGUCAUAAAUUAGUCGAAAGUAGUAAUGGCAAACUUGCUGAAACCAUUGACGAAGCAAAGCGAGGAGUGGUUAUUGAAAUACUUGGCUAUAACACAAACGAUGACACUUAUAAAGUAAGAUAUGAAGGAGGCGUUGAAGAUGUUAUACCAUCUAAGAACUUGAGAGAGUCAAAGCCAACACAUCUGGGACCAUUAGAGCGGGAGUACUGGAAAGAUAAAAACAUGCCAGAAAGAAUAAGAAAAUUCUUCUAA